AUGGUCUUCUUCCAAGCUCAGCCGGCACCUGAACUGCCCACCAAAGACAUCCUCUCUUGGAUCUUUGACGCCCCGGACUACGAUGUGGACAAACCGAUCCUCGUGGAUGCCUCUCAACCAGAGCGCUUCAUCUCACAUAUUCACGCCCGUACAACGAUCCGGAAAAUCAUAGCAGGUCUUCGUCACAUGGGCGUGCGGCGAGGAGACUGUGUCAUCGUGCACUCGUUCAACGAUAUCUACUACACUCUUCUUGUGCUGGCCAUUAUCGGGUCUGGAGCCAUCUUCGCGGGGACGAACCCAGGAUACACGCCGCUCGAGCUUCAACACCACGUCAAGAUCACCCAGGCCAAGUUCCUCAUCUGCGAACCCGAGCUGCUGGCGUCGUUGCUGCAAGCGGCCAAAGGGACGGGCAUCCCCGACUACAAUAUCCGCAUCUUCAACACUCAACCCAGCCAGACCUGUCCGGACGGAUUUGUCAGCUGGCACGACCUGUUACGGCACGGUGAAUCGGACUGGGUGCGCUUCGAGGGCCACGAUGUGUGCGCAAACACCACGGCGGCCCGUCUGACGAGCUCCGGCACGGCGGCCCGUCUGACGAGCUCCGGCACGACGGGUCUUCCCAAAGCGACGAUGACCUCGCACCUCAACCUGAUAGCUCAGCAUGAACUGGUCUACGGCAUCUCCAGUCCCAAACGACCCUACGAGAUUGUCAAUCUCUUUGCGGCGCCCAUGUUCCACGCUGCCGUCGGCCCGCGCGUGCACACCACGGCCUUCAAAAACGGGGAGAGGUCGUACGUCAUGCGGCGCUUCGAACUGGAACCCUUCCUGGCAAACAUAGAGCGGUUCCAAGUGACGGAACUGUACAUUGUUUCCGCCAUGGCCGUGGCAAUCUGCAUGUCGCCCCUGAUCCAGAAGUACUCGCUCAGGUCGGUCAGGCAGGGGCUCGCCGGCGCGGCGCCGCUGAGCAAGGAGACCCAGGCGGGGAUCCGCAAGUACCUGAGGCCCGGGGCGCCGUUCACGCAGGUCAUGGGCAUGACCGAGAGCACGUGCAUCCUCACGUGGUUCGACUACCCGGAGGACGACGAGACGGGGUCCGUCGGCCGCGUGAGGCCGGGCAUCGACGUCAAGUUGGUGGACGACCGCGGCCGCGACAUCUCCGGCCACGACGUCCAGGGCGAGCUGUGCAUCAGGGGGCCGACGGUGAUCGGCGGCUACUUCGACAACCCGGAGGCCAACGCCGAGACGUUCGACCGCGACGGCUUCUUCCACACCGGCGACGUCAUGUACUGCGACGGCCGCACGAAGCUGUGGUACGUAGUCGACCGCAAGAAGGAGAUGAUCAAAGUGCGCGGGUUCCAGGUGGCCCCGCCCGAGAUCGAGGCCGUGUUGCUGAACCACCCGGACAUCGUCGACGCCGCCGUCAUCGGCGUCCCCGCAGCGAGCGAGCUCGACGGCGAAGCCCCACGUGCCUACGUCGUGCGCAGACCGGGGGCGAAGGGUUCGAAUCUGACCCCGGCCGACGUCGUCGAGUACGCGGGCCAGGCGCUGUCCAAGUACAAGCGCCUCGAGGGUGGGGUCAAGUUUGUGGAUGCGAUACCCAAGAACGCCUCGGGCAAGAUCCUCAAGAGGAUCCUGAGAGAUGAGGCGAAGAAAGAGAGGGCGGGCGCUGCUGCUAAGAUGUGA